AGUAUUUUGUGGAUUUGAGAUUUUGUGCAGAGGUUUUGUUUUGUGGUUCUAGGAAGGUUGAUAAUCUACAAAUAAAAUUAUAUUAGAUUAAUUUGAGACACAAAGAGAUAUAUUCAUUGUACUUUAUUAAAGCAAUUAACCUAAGAUGCAGUGCCAAUUAUGGAUGGGCAGUUUGGAGCCAAAUAUGACAGAGAGUUUUAUUAUGGCUGCAUUUCAUCGAAUGGGGCAACGCCCUUUAGCUGUAAAAGUAAUGCGUAAUAAAUUUACAGGAGAACCUGCAGGUUAUGCUUUUGUGCAUUUUCAGACAGAUGAAGAAUCGGUUGAUGCUAUGCAUAAGUUGAAUGGUAAACCAAUACCAGGCACUUUCCCAGUAGUUAGGUUCCGUUUGAAUACGGCAUCCAGAGAAGCCAGGUCAAACAUGCAGCACGAGAGAGAAUUCUCUGUGUGGGUAGGAGACCUCAGUCCUGAUGUCGACGACUACUCACUUUACAGAGUGUUUGCCUCAAAAUACUCAUCCAUCAAAACUGCCAAAGUGAUAUUGGACAGUUCAGGUUAUACAAAAGGAUACGGUUUCGUCCGGUUUGGUAAUGAAGAAGAACAGAGAAAUGCUUUAUACGCAAUGAACGGUUACACAGGACUCGGCAGCAAACCUCUUAAAAUUUGUACUGCAGUACCAAAACCUAAAACAAUAGUAACUACACAAAGCACAACGACAACAACCACUACGAGUGCUAGUUAUAACAGUGGAACGGAGUACAACCAAUAUUAUGAUCCGUCCGCCUAUUGGCAAAAUUACUCAGCGUGGUCUGGCUACUAUGGGCAGGGGGACCAGUCCGCGGCCGCGGCUGCGCAGGCGGUGGCGGUCGCGGAACCGGUGCAAACUGCCGCCGCCGUCAAGGCUCAGAAUGACGAUUUGGCGCUAGUUGAUCACAAGACUUCUCUAGAUAUAGACCAAUUGAAUCAAGAGUUUCUAGAUCCAGAGUUGUCUCUUUGGGACAGCUUGGAGGCGUCGCAGUGGUUCCCGCACGAAGUCGUUGAAGCACAUUGAUAGAGCGCGAAUGAAUCUAAUUGAUAAGAUAAAACUAAUUUUAAGUAAAUAAUCUAAAGUAUAUUUUG